UUUCCCCGGCGCCUUGGGGAGAGCAGGACGCUUUGUCGCGCUGCCUCGCCUCGCGGCCGGGCGCAGCCCCGCUCCGGGAGGCGGCAGUUUUUUAGCGCGUUCUUUUUGUCACGGUUUGGUUCGGAGCGGGAGCGGCCCCGCCGCGCGUUUUUCCCGCGCUCCGUUCCCGCGCGAUUUUCCCGCGCGUUCUUCCCGCGCUGGCGGCCGGCGGGGGCGGGGCCUGACGCCCCGGCCAAUGAGCGGCGGCGGCGGCGCGCGCGCGCCGGGCCAUGGCGGCGGCGGGCGGUGAUGGCGGCCCGGGCGGGGCUGAGGGCGGCGGGGCCGAUGGCGGGGACGGCCCGGCCCCGGAGGCGGCCCCGGGGCGCGCCCAGGUGUUCAGCACCGUGGUGGACACGUUCCUGCAGAAACUGGUGGCCGCCGGGAGCUACCAGAGGUUUGUCAGCUGCUACCGCUGCUUCUACAAGCUGCAGCCGCAGCUGACCCGGAGCAUCUACGAGCAGUUCAUCUCCCAGCUCCAGGCGUCCAUAAAGGAGGAGAUCCAGGAGGUGAAGAAUGAAGGGAAUCUGGAGGGGCUCUUCAGUGCACUGGAUAAGAUCGUGGAGGAGGCAAAGGACCGGGAAGAGCCAGCGUGGCGGCCCAGCGGGGUCCCGGCGCGGGACGUGCGCGGCGCCCUGGCGCCCUUCCUGCUGCGGCACCGCGCCCACCUGCGCCGGGCGCUGCAGGAGCGGCAGCGGCGCAGCGCCAGCCUGGCUGAGGCCGUGCUCGCGGGGAGGCAGAGGAUCGAGGAGCUGCAGCAGCUGAUCCAGGAUCGCCAGCAGGCCUGGCAGGCCAUCAGUAAGGAGCAACAAGAACUCGUCAUGACAUUCCAGGAGCCCCAGUGAGGCCGCAGGAUGUCCCGCAGGCUCUGCUGAGAGUUCAUCGUCCCAGAGCACCGAGGGGACAAGGUGUGUGCAGAAGCCAAACUGAGAGUCACCCCAUCGGGCCACUGGAGGCUGCAGAGGGACUGAGACAGCUGCUGGACUGGCACAGUUUGAUUAAAAAAAAAAAAAA